ACUGGGGACUAUAAAUUUGUUACGAGACUCGCCCAUAUUCUCUCUCUCUCACACUCUCUCGCUUCAACCUUCGAAUUGUAGCCAUUGUACGGACUAGCAGAGAGAAUAUGGAUGGGCAUGAUGCAGAAGAUUCUAAGCAAAGCACUGCGGAUAUGACAGUUUUUGUGCAAAAUCUUCUUCAGCAGAUGCAAUCAAGGUUCCAACAAAUGUCCGACUCAAUUGUUACAAAGAUUGAUGAGAUGGGAGGCCGCAUAAAUGAGCUGGAGCAAAGCAUCAACGACCUAAGAGCAGAGAUGGGGGUGGAGGGCUCUCCAUCUCCUAUGGCCCCAUCAUCCCAGCCAAACUCAGAUGAAGUGAAGAAAGAUGAAGGUUCUGCAUAGAGUUAACAAAGUGCAUGUUUUACAUUGAGUUGAUGAGUUUGAUUUGAUGCCCGCUUUCCGUCUGUCAUUAUGCCUGGGAAACGAGAACUGCUCUUACAUGGAAUAUGAGUGCCCCCUCUUUUGUCUUUUUAGUUAAUGUUUCGCUGUUUUCCUUAUAUAAAUACAAUACAGUGCUGGCAUUAGUCAUUUCUUACCCCUUUGAAAUGUAGUGGUUUUGUGAUUAAAGUAGGGAAGUUAUGAAUAUGAGAAUCUAUGCAAGUGGAACUGUUCCUCAGUCUGACCCAACUUGGGCAUUAUUAUAGUUUCA